AAAUAAAAACCACCAUCGCCACAUGGCAGCCAUGUGCUCUGAGAUCUCCUUUGCUUUCUUGGCAUGGAGGGAGAUAACUCCAUCUGCCAAACUACUAUUCAUAUCCUUCCUCGCCUCGUCUUUUCCCCAUUGCCUCUUCUCUCCAUAAAAUCAAAUCAAUGAGUGGUUUGAUUUGCAUAUCUGAUGCUACAUUUGAUAGUUGUAUGUAUCUAUGGAAUCCGUCAAUCAGAAAAAUGAAAAGACUUCCCAAAUGCCUCAUUUGUUACACGCAAUUUGCUAUCACUACACUCGGGUUUGGCUUCGAUUGUGGAGAAAACGAUUAUAAAGUUGUGCGAAUUGUGAGGACUGGAUGCGCGGAGAGUAUCUGCGAAGCUGAGGUUUACAGCGUUAGGUUGGAUUCUUGGAGAAGAAUCAGGUCAUAUGUUCCCCUGGUUUCACAUAAUGCCUAUUUGCAAGAUAAAAGUGCAUGCUUGAAUGGAGUUGUGUAUUGGAUUGUUGAGGAUUUCUCUCUGUGUUGCUACUCGAUCCUAUCUUUUGAUCUGCGCAGUAAGAGUUUCCAGACCAUGACGCUUCCUGAAAGACUAGUAAGCGUGAUCAAUACAACUAGUAAUGCAAUUAGUAUUCAAGUACUCAAGAAAUCUCUCUCUUUGUUUCAUCUAAGACAAAAUGUGAAUGAUCGGUACUGUGACAUAUGGGUUCUGUUCUGGGAAGGGAUACUUGGAAAAUGACACAAUUAUUCUUCCGCAAAGUGGAGAGAUGGCGUGGCCACUAGGCAUUACGACAAAGGAUGACGUUCAUCUUGCAGCAAGAAAAGAAAACUCGCAGUGCCGAGAGUUGGUUUUACAUUAUCCUAAAUCACAACAGGUUAAGGAUACUGGAAUCGAACUGAGUUUUUAUGGCUUGAGCAGAUACAUUGAUGUGUAUAACGAGAGUCUAGUUUUACUUGACUGAGUUACAAGUCUCUUUUGGCUAUUGUUGUAUGCUGGUCCAUUCUCAUUCCGAAAAUACUGGGAAUGGGAUUGGAACCCCUUGAUUCUGACUGCGAGUUUUAUUUCGGGGCUGGUGUAGUUCAUGUAUUUUUCUGGAUCUGUAUUCAUCAUUUUUCAAAUCAAAAGUACAUUGUGUUAAAC